AUGUCAGAUACAAAUUUGCAAAAAAGCCAGGGGAUUGAUAAAACAGCAAGCAAUAGUGGUGAUAGUUUUGAGAUAAUCAACUUGCAACCACCACCAUCACUACCUGGUAUUGUAAAUUCACCUCCACCUAAAUCUUCUACAUCUCGUCAUAAAUACUCACAUUCGUCUUUACCUUCCUCUUCAUCCUCUUCACAAUCGGCUUCACUACAACCUUUACUACAGCCUUCACAAUCACACUUACCACCGCCUUCAUCUGCACAUUCGCAAUCACAACCUUCGCAUUUGUCAUGGAAAGAAUCUGUCAUGCAUCAUGCUAAUAUGUUAAUGUCAAGCGACGAAGCCGCCCUUGUAAGAUAUCAAGUUUAUUUGGUUUGGUUUGUGAUUGAAAGUGUUUUAUGGAGGUUAAACGUGAAGGGUCACAAACUACCAUCUGAUAUUACCCUCAUCUUUUUGGUAUUUCAAAGCGUUUUGUUGUCCAACUACACUAGGAUACUAUGUGGAAGAAGUAACAACCUAGAUGCUGCGAGUUAUACUUUCAAGUGGUUACAUUAUUCGAUUGUCAUCAUUGGGUUAACUUUUUUUUACGUUCAAGCCGAAUCUCAAAUCACAUCUAAAACAUCUUUGCUGGACUCAUUUGUGUCUUUUUUAAUUGAGAGUAUGUCCUCCAAGAAAGCAGAAAGUGUCUCAGAUCUUCCCAGGAGAAAUCACUGGAGACACGAGCCACCAGUCUUCCACGAAAAAGUUGUUACCUUUCGUAUCGUGGCUGGUCAUGAUUGA